UCCAUCAAGACUGCUGCAGCCCGUCCAUCUUUAGGUGGUAGGAUUCCCCACCAGGUGGAGUUAUAGUGAUGGAGAAGCCUGAUGAUGAGGAGUUACCAGGUUCAACGGGUGGUGAAGGGGAAGGAAAUGACACUACACCCGUUCACAGCACAGGCCCACCUGAUAGCACACCAGAUAUUGUAGCAAUGCUACAGGGCUUCAUGUUGAAUCAACAGCAGUCAAUGCAAGCUGUGCAGCAGCAGAUCAGCCAGCUACAGGAGGAGGUGCAGAAAGGAAAGACAAAGCAACUGUGUGUUGUGACCCCUCUGGCAGCAGCAAACCCAGACACUUUGACAAGACCAGCUCCUCAGUCACCAGCAGAGGUAUUAAGUGAACACCUUGACAAGGAGGAGGAAGCAGAGAGGAACUUUCAAGAGAAAGAGCCACUGACACAAGCCAGAGAUGAGUCAAAACCAGAGGAGGAUGGUUCUUCAGGAGAAAACAUCGAAACAACCCAAGUACUUCCUGCUCCAGACCAGCUGACUGUUGACUCAGUGGACACCACAUCAGCUGCUGUUAGCUGGAACCAGCCACCAGGAUUGGACCAAACCCAACAUCAUUACCAGAUUUCCUACCAGUGUCUAGGGACAGAACCACACAUCACUACCACGUCCUCACACAGCAUAACUCUCUUUGACCUGCAAGGUGGCACUCAGUACUCUGUCACUGUCCGCACUGUGCUGGAAAAUGGAAAGCAAAGUCAACUGGAGUCAACAACCCUGACAACAAUACUUCCUGCUCCAGACCAGCUGACUGUUGACUCAGUGGACACCACAUCAGCUGCUGUUAGCUGGAACCAGCCACCAGGAUUGAAUCAAACCCAACAUCAGUACCAGAUCUCCUACCACUGUCCAGGGACAGAACCACACAUCACUACCACGUCCUCACACAGCAUCACUCUCUCUGACCUGCAAUGUGGUACUCAGUACUCUGUCACUGUCUGCACUGUGCUGGAAAAUGGAAAGAGAAGUGAACUUGUGUCAACAACCCUCACCACAGUUAUCCCUGCUCCAGACCAGCUGACUGUUGACUCAGUGGACACCACAUCAGCUGCUGUUAGCUGGAACCAGCCACCAGGAUUGGACCAAACCCAACAUCAUUACCAGAUCUCCUACCACUGUCCAGGGACAGAACCACACAUCACUACCACAUCUUCACACAGCAUCACUCUCUCUGACCUGCAAUGUGGUACUCAGUACUCUGUCACUGUCUGCAGUGUGCUGGAAAAUGGAAAGCAAAGUCAACUGGUGUCAACAACCCUCACCACAGAUUCCCCUUGGCAUUCAAUGAAAUGGAUUAAGUCGGCUUUCCAUAUUCCAGGCAGAAAGUCAGUGCUUCCUGUUCCAGACCAGGUGACUGUUAACUCAGUGGACACCACAUCAGCUGCUGUUAGCUGGAACCAGCCACCAGGAUUGGACAAAACCCAACAUCAUUACCAGAUCUCCUACCAGUGUCCAGGGACAGAACCACACAUCACUACCACAUCUUCACCCAGCAUCACUCUCUCUGACCUGCAAUGUGGUACUCAGUACUCUGUCACUGUCUGCACUGUGCUGGAAAAUGGAAAGCAAAGUCAGCUGGUGUCAACAACCUUCACCACAAUACUUCCUGUUCCAGACCAGCUGACUGUUGACUCAGUGGACACCACAUCAGCUGUUGUUAGCUGGAACCAGCCACCAGGAUUGGACCAAACCCAACAUCAUUACCAGAUCUCCUACCACUGUCCAGGGACAGAACCACACAUCACUACCACAUCUUCACCCAGCAUCACUCUCUCUGACCUGCAAGGUGGUACUCAGUACUCUGUCACUGUCUGCACUGUGCUGGAACAUGGAAAGCAAAGUGAACGGGUGUCAAGAACCCUCACCACAAUACUUCCUGCUCCAGACCAGCUGACUGUUGACUGGGUAAGCAUCACAUCAGCUGCUGUUAGCUGGAACCAGCCACCAGGAUUGGAUCAAACCCAACAUCAUUACCAGAUCUCCUACCACUGUCCAGGGACAGAACCACACAUCACUACCACAUCUUCACACAGCAUCACUCUCUCUGACCUGCAACGUGAUACUGAAUACUCAGUAACUGUCUGCACUGUGCUGGAGAAUGGAAAGAAAAGUCAACUGGUGUCAACAACCCUCACCACAGUACUUCCUGGUCCAGACCAGCUGACUGUUGACUGGGUAAGCAUCACAUCAGCUGCUGUUAGCUGGAGCCAGCCACCAGGAUUGGACCAAACCCAACAUCAUUACAAGAUCUCCUACCACUGUCCAGGGACAGAACCACACAUCACUACCACAUCUUCACCCAGCAUCACUCUCUCUGACCUGCAACGCGAUACUGAAUACUCAGUAACUGUCUGCACUGUGCUGGAGAAUGGAAAGCAAAGUCAACUGGUGUCAACAACCCUCACCACAGAUGGUUUCCUGCAGCAGGAGAUGGUCCAGAAAAUGUCCAUGUGUCAGUUUGCUGUUCCUCUGCUGCUGCCCAACUGUGACACAAAACAAAUCACUUUGAUGCUGUUAGGAGAGAGCAGCUUGUCCAAGUCUCAGAUUUUGAACAAGUUGCUUAGUAACCCUCAACAGUACCAUGACACAUUUGUUCAUCAUGAUAUGGAAUGUGGAGAUGUCCCUCGUCAAAUCUCAGAUGGUCUGGUUGAAAUCAGCUGGUACUUUCCAUGUGGGAACCGAAACAUAGACAUGUUCACUAAGCCUGUGGCGGUGGCCAAUCUCAGAGGAGACAUCAGGUCCUUUGAAACACAGUUCUCCUUUCUGUGUCAAACAUGA